ACAAUAAGGAUCUACUCGAUCAAAAAGUGAUAUAAAAGAAAUUUUAGUGUACUUGAUGAUUAUUUAUGCAACAGUGGCUCUAAGCCGUCUUUUGUACUAAAAACCAACAUUAAUCCGAUAAAUUCUAAAGAUUUAAAUUUAAUUCUACGUGCAGUAUUCAAAUAUUGACCCGUCAUAUUUUAUUUAGUGUAUUCGCCUUCUAAGCCGCGAGUGAAAUAUCUACACGAACUUUUAUCUUCGCAUCCAAAAGGAAACAUACGGCAAUUUAAAAAUAACGGUUCUUUGGAAAAUAAGACUGGGAAACAUAUGGGAGGAGCAUUGUAGCGUGAGAACCAAUCAGAUUCCACGAUUCGCUAAUUCAUGACAUAUGUCAAUGAGAAAAUUGUGCUAAUUUGAAUAACAAAAUGAAAAGAGAGGAGAAUAUUCGGUAUUAUCGAAUAAGCUUACAGUGAGCAACUUGGAAAUAGUUUAGUUCUGUUAACAGCAUGGAACACAUAAGGAUUUUGUGACAGUUUGUUUCAGAAACAACCCAACGUCUUUCAAACGCACGCGCACGCACGCACGAACGGAAUACACUAUAUAUACGUUUACAAACUGCACGUGUAUUUUAUGGCACUUUGGAUAUAUUCGUUCAUAUUUUAGCUAAGAUUGAUAUAAUAAACUCUAACUGGGACAGUUGAUGUUUUAUCGAUAAAAUUGAGGUUUUGGUUGAAUAUUUGAAUAUUUUCUCCAUUUCCCGAGAUAAACAAAGAUUUGAAAUCAAUUAAGUGAAAUAAACAUUGAUCCGUGUCAGAUACGUGCCGUGGUUCUUGCGAGUAAAAAUAAAACAUCGACAGAUGAAAUAGACGUGUUUUUCUGUCGAUUACAUGUACAUGUAGAUUUAUUCAGUGUAUAAAUAGGAAAAAACUGGAAAUUUCUGAGCAGUGUGCACUUGGGAUGGUUCAAGGAGAUUAAUUUUUAUCAGAAGUAUAUCAGAUAAGUUCAUAUAUACACGAGGAUUUUUGAAGAUACCGUUAGCGUUUGAAAUAAUGAGUAAGGAUGUAAUUCAGUGAUUGUCUGAUAUUUGGAUACAUUUUAUACUAACCGAUUUCGUGUGAUACUUGGACUUCUUAAUUCUUUGUUAAGAUAUCUUUAUUCUGGGAAAUUUCUAUUGCAUGCAAAGCAAACAUCUUUAGAUCGAUUUUCCUAUACGUUUAUAAAGUGUGUAAUUUGGAGGGGGAAAAGGCGAAUAGUUUAUAUAUCCAAAUCUUGAACUGUUAGCACUCAAAAACAACCGUCUCCAUGAAUCCCGGAGAGCAGUACGCUAUAGACCCUAUCAUGUAUAACGGUGAUAUAAAGACACCGCCAGUGAGCAGUGAGGGUUCGAGCCUCAACUCGGAGACAACGAUAGCCCUGAGCCAGAGCAUGGACUCUGUGAACACGACACCUGAGGAUGAGGUUCGUACUUUGUUUGUGAGCGGAUUGCCAAUGGAUGCAAAACCCAGGGAACUAUAUCUUCUCUUCAGGUCAUAUAAGGGGUAUGAGAAUGCCCUGUUAAAGAUGAUGGGCAAAGCUAUUGGUAAAAAUAAUAAUCCUGUAGGAUUUGUAACGUUCAGCUCAAGGGUUGCGGCAGAGGCAGCUAAACAAGAUUUACAGGGUGUACGAUUUGACCCGGAUUUACCACAGACAUUGAGAUUAGAGUUUGCUAAGAGUAAUACAAAGGUGACAAAGCCCAAACAGCAGAGCCCGCAGCCGGCGACACACCCGACACUCAUACACCCGCUCACUGGGCAGGACUUGGGGGCGGCCUUUUUUCCAGCUGCAGCAGGACCAGAAGCCUGGGCACCACCCCACGCCCUUGCCUACCCGGAACUUGCCCCCACGGCUCUACACCACACUGCCGCACUCAUGCAGCACCCAGCUCUUACACAACUCCCUGUUCGGGCUGUUGAUAUGAACACUUUAGCCCUACAUGGUGGUAAUCCAAUAGGUUAUGAGUUUCAUCCUGCCAUGAUGCAUGGGGCGGGCUCAGUUUCAGCAACCUUGCCACACCCAUCCUUGGGGGCCACCUUAUUCACUAGCCCGACCAUCGUUGCCACAGAUAGCUGUGUAUAUGUGGAAAAUGAUUUUACAGAAGACAAUACCUCCAAAGUCAUUCAGUCUCAAUUUUUUGAUACUUUUGGGGAAGUUGUCGGUUACUUGCAAAGAACAGGUACUGGUGCAGAAUCCAGGAGCAGUGUGUUUACAAUGCAAAUAGCUAUGGGCAAGGCGAUGAAUGGAGCAGCUUCGAGCCCCGGUCUCCCCGGUACAACUACUAAUUCACCUUGUUCUACUCUAUUUGUUGCAAACCUAGGGCAGUUCUCUUCAGAACAAGAGUUAAAAGAUUUAUUCAGCAGUUUUCAAGGAUUCUCAAGAUUAAAAAUGUACAAUAAAGGGGGUUCGCCAGUAUGUUUUGUAGAAUAUCAGGAAGUAAAGCAUGCCUCGGAAGCUAUGAGUAGACUACAAGGUUUUGUGCUCUUAUCCUCCGACCGCGGAGGUAUACGUAUAGAAUAUGCUAAGCAUAAAAUGGGAGAGGUCGUUACUGCAUAAUCAGGUUAAAAAUGGCAAAGAGAGAAGAAAUGAUGAGUCCUGCACAGUCUCCUCCAUUGUCUGUGAUGACGUCAUAGUGACCAUGUGACCUUCACCUUGUGCGAAAGCAGUGUUGGAACAACACGUUCAUCAGGAACCUGUGAAUGGAAGAUUAUUUAUUGAACAAUCAUUUUAUAGCAAACAAUAUGUGCGUUAUGUUGUUAUAUGACUUAUAUAUGCAUGUUGGUGAUGAUAUUAAUAGAUCAUUUCUGUGAACAGGUCAUGUGAUCAGGUCAUGUGAUCAAAUGUUGACUGUAAUAUAAACAUAUUUGUUAUUUAUACAAAUAAUGUGGUGAACAAAAUUUACUUUACUCUAUAUGGGACUGGUUGUUUGUUGUGUGUUUGUUAGUUAUUUACAGUUUUGAAACAUGUUGUUAACAGCGAACUUUCUUUUUAUGUAUUUCAUAGUAAUGCAUAGCAUUUGUUUCUUACAAACAGUCAUUCAAUUGAGAAUAUAACUUUAUUCAAAAGAUACAUGUAAGAAUUGGAUUCCUUUGAAUGUUAUAAUUGAGCCGUGCCAUGAGAAAAUCAGCAUAGUGGGUUUGCGACAAGCAUGGAUCCAGACCAGUCUGCGCAUCCGCGCAGUCUGGUCAGGAUCCAUGCUGUCCGCUAACAGUUUCUAUAAUUGCAAUAGGCUUUGAAAGCGAACAGCAUGGAUCCUGACCAGACUGCAUGAAUGCGCAGGCUGGUCUGGAUCCAUGCUGGUCGCGAGUGCACUAUGUUGGUUUUCUCAUGGCGUGGCUCAUAUAAUUAUUAGCAUUUUUAAGUAGAAAAUGGAUUUUCUUCAUCAGAAGAGUCCUUCUAUUAGGUGUAACAAAAUACUCAUAGCUGGUAUGUAAUAUCAUAUAUUUUAAUUUUUAGUAUAAUUGAAAAGAAACAUCAGUAUAUUAUUGAUUAUUGGAACAUUUAUGUUGUGCUUUGAAAAAUCAGUGAUGUCUAUCAAACUUAUAUGUUGGAAGCUAUUUUUUGGCAGUUCAGGUGGAAAUGUGUGUCUAUGAAGCAGGAAUGGACUAACGUUACUGCGUUUGUGUGUUUUAAUCAUCUAGCCAUAUGUGAAACACAGAAAUACGUGUAAUAAAGAUUUACGAUUUAAGAUAUUCAUUAUUGAACAAUUUAACACAGAACAAUAUAUCAGUACCAAGAAAGUGUUAUCUGAGAAAUACAUGACCAUCAUUUUAUUUAGAGUGUAAUUCAGAGGUCAGAUAAUUAGUGCAUUCAGAACAACUUUUAGAUUUUAGUAUGUAAUUAUCAAAUCUUUUCGGGAAAAAAAAAAUGAAAAAAAAAAAAACAAGCAAACAAGGGCAUUAAUAUUUAAAUAAUGGUUAUAUACUCUGUAAGAAAAGUUUUGUUGUUACAGUAAUAAUCGAAUAUUCCAACUUUUAUUGUUAUAAAACAGGAUUGUUUUUCCGUCCAUACGUGUGAAACAUAUCUUUAUUAAGGUCACAACUUUCCUCGUUCUGCACUCAGUAACAUCACUGGUUAAAAUUUCACAUACCUGCUUUCCAAAAACGUCAAUACAUGUAUUACAUUUUUAAGGACACGUUAAAUAGUGAAUUUUUUUUGUUAUGGAAAGUAAGGUUUUAUGGACACGAACGUCUCAUUGUGUAAGCUACGUUUACACGAGUUAUGCAUAUGUGGUAUAUGUUAAAUGUGUUGCAUUUUGUGUUAUAUAUUGUUCAAAGAAUUCCCGUAGGCUUUGCUACCUUUAAAAUGAGCAUAAUAUUUUGUCUUUGAUAAACAGUAGGAGAGAUUCUCACAGAAGGUGUAUUGAUCAUUUAGAAUUUUAUUUAAAGGAAACAAUUAUAAGAACAACUUCAAUUUCUUUUCUUUUGCCUCAUGGUUUUGUAAAUAAGUAUAAGCCCCUCUGACCAUCAGAAUGCAUAAAUAUCAUUUGGUGAGAUCUGAAGUUAACAAGAUUAAAGCAGAGGCUUACAGCUGUUGCAAAGCUCAUUUCUGAAUUUGAAAACUGUUUUAUUAGGAUCAGUGAGUUCUUAUCCUUUUUGAGAAUCUCUCCUUCUGAUUUUUAUAUGCAAUUUUUCCCGUGCAAUCACAGACUUGAAUGCCUUAAGAAAUUGAGCCUUUUCUGCAUGUACAAUCUGUAAUAUAGUAUAAUAUACUCCUUAAUGUGGAUAAAGGAACAGUUUUAACAUUUUGUACAAAAAGAGGUUGUAAUAAUAUCUUGUAUGUGUAUGUGAACAUGUAGUAGAUUUCUGUACAUGAUAAUAAGCUUCUACUGAAUAAUUGACAUAAAUUCAAUCAAGUCGCUUGAUACAGGUAAAUCUACACAUUCAAAACUGCAGAUUUUGCUUUAAGAAGUACGGAUUGAACAUAUACGGCUAAAUUAUGUAAUGACUUGCAAUUUCAAGGUUUUGACUCAAAUGCUUGUUGCAAUAAUAUAUGAUAUCUUACCUAUAGAUGAGAGACACACACGUAUAAGUAUUAAAUGCAAACCUCUCCAAUAUCAAUGGUACAUGCUUGUUUAUCAGUCAAUUUUACCAAGGUGUAGUUAAAAAAAAAAGACGGUUCAUUUCCAGAACAGAUCCAUAAGGCAAUGGUAUAUUGGAAAAGUAUAACAGGAUAUUGUAAGAGCAAUGGUUAACUAACAAUAUGGAAAAAUCCUGCAAAACCAAAUCAGCUAAAUGGAAAAUCUUUUUUAUUUUCCAAGUGAAAUUGUGAAAUAUUUAAAGUAGCACCUGAACUUCCGCUAUCCUAGUGGGAAAUGUUACCUUCUGAAAUUAUUUAAGGUAGUGAGCCUUAAAUGAUGCUUGGCAAUUUCUCAGUGAAUUACCUAUUCUCCUCUGUUAUUUUCAACAUCCUAUGGAAGUAGAUACAGCUCGUAGGGGCCGUGAAUUCAGUUGCAACAGGGUAACACUGAAACCACAUUCAUAGAAAACAUAAUGAAAUGGAAAUGACCGCCUUUCAUUUCCAGUCCACUACCUUAAACAAAUGUACAUCUUCCUCGUUUCUUUAUGAAUUGUCUUUAAAAUAUUUAAAAUAUGAGUAAUUUCAAACAAAUUGUUAGUAUAUCUUAUUAAAGUUUUUUGGAUUUUUUGUUUGAAAUACAUAAUAAUUAUAAAAAUAAGUUGUGAGAUCAAUACAUUGUGGUUUGAAAAGUAAAGAGUAUAAGGAGUCUGUAUUAGCAUUCAUUGUUUUGUCUUUCACAAUUUUAUUUGAUACAGUUCACUAAAUUUGAACCCAAAAAAACACCUUUAUAUACUAUACAACAAGUCUUUCUGGAAAGUAUUUGAAGGCAUUUGUACAAGCUAGUAUAAAAUGUAUCUCCAGUUCUGUAUCAAAUGAAAAUGCUGAGCAAUUCCACAAUAAAUUACAUAUUCUUUUACCAAAUAUUGCCUCUGGAAAGUGUUAUAACAUGACAUAAGAAUGUUCUGUUUCUAACAUUCAAACAAUUGUCUUAGAGAAUGAUUGAAAAGAUUUAAUGCUGCAGAAGGAUGCAAAAUUUGGUUAAUUACAACAAUGUAAAUUAUAGAGAAAAUAUAAAACUGAAAUUAGAAAUAUCGAAUCUAAUACCAAGACAAUGUGUGGAGAUACAGACUUCUUAUAGACUCUAUCACUCUUAAGGGAGACAUAUCAUUUUUUUCCUAACCAGGUUGUUUUAUUAUAGUGACCCAUGAUCCCCAUUGAUGUAUACAUUGUUGUGUUUUGAUGAUGCAUGUUCAGGUUUUGAUGUGAAGACUGGUUGAGCUCUGUCCGCUAAGUGAAGUAAAUUACUUGCAUAUACCGUAGUCAUUUUCCUGUACAAGUAUCAAAUCUUACAAAAAGUCACAUUUACAAAUACGAAAACUUACAUGCACAAUAAAACUUAUGCUGAAGACCACCUCUGAAUAAAGCUGCUACCAUUAAACCUGCUUUUUAAGGGCCACUGGUCUCCGUGACAAUUGGAUAAAAAGGCAUUGUGUCCGAAAUCAUUCGUCCUCCACCUCUUAUUCAUGUGGAGAAGUUGGCAGUUACUUGUGAAGAACAGGUUUGUACUGGUACAGAAUCCAGAACACUGCUUUAAAGUUUAACUGCCCACCGUUACAUAACUGAAUUAUUGUUGAAAAACAGUGUUAAACCCAAAACAAACAAAAUUGACUUGUUACUAAAGUAAAUUUAUCUACGUAGAAAGGUCACUUGUCAACAAAGACCACAUUUUUGAUUUUCCAAGGAUGGUCUUAACAGAAAGGUUUUACUGUAGUCACGUGUCUGUACAAGUAUGAAAUAACAACCUCUCCACUAACAUGAUGUAAUUUUCAUAUCUCGAACCAAACUCAAAUUAGCUACUGAGCUGUUUAAUUGAACUGCUUAAAUUUUUAAGGUAAUUUUCUUGCCCGAUUGUACUUUUCAACACUCUUACUAGAGAAGACUGUAGAAUAGUAAUAUUAUCUUACUGAUAUUAUAUGCAUUUGAAAUAAUUACUUUUACAUUUAAAAUUCUUUACUCAAAACCUGAAUAUGAAAAUGUGUUCAAAUUAUUUGUUGAUGGGUUUAGAGCAUAGAAAGGCAUUUGGUUUGGUAAAUUUGAAAGUGCCAUUUUAUGCUCUAGGCCGUAGUGGGAUAUACAUAUUUGUUCAAUACAACGCAGUAAAUUGUACCGAGGACAGAUUCAGGGUAUAGAACUAAUACGUCUCAAAAUGUAUCGCUAUGUAUAUACACAAAACUCACUUGUUUGAAUUACUGUGUUCAAAUUAUGUAACCACACACGAAAUACCAUGACUAUGCAAUUUACUAUUUUGCACCUUUAAAUAAUUAGAGUGUUAAGGACCGCAGACAUUUUCCUUUAACCGAAAAACACAAAAUUGCCUCUGAAAAUUAAAUAAUGAUUUUAAGGUGAUGAACCCAUUAUGCCAAUCAGCAAAUUAUUGUCAUUAUGGCUGCACUACCUUAAAAAAUGACAACAUGAAAUACCAUCGAUGUCGCCAUAUUCCGCUGAUUCGAGCUGGAAAAUGGAUAGAAAACUUUUUAUCUUUGAUUUAUUUUCCUUAAUAUAAAUGUUGUGAAGUAGUUUUGUUGUGGUUUCAAUGGCCAACGAGUGUAAAUAGUGUUACUAUACAUGUGCAUUGCUUUGUUUUUCCCCCCUAAAACACGUGGUAUGUACUGAUGUAAUGAUUUUGUAGCGGUUGAUAAUAUAGAAAUUGGGUUGUCCAGUAAAUAUCGGCAUAAAAUUCCCUUUCGCAAUUUUUUAUUUCUGUCUUGGAAGCAUAGAAAAAGUUUUUUGAAUAGCAUUUGAAUAAUAUGUUUUUGGCAGUUUUUUCAUCAAAUGUUACUAAUUACUAACUAGAUGUAUGUAUAAAGCUAUUCUUCCCAAGAGAAUGAACAGACCAUUGCUUGAUUUGCUACAGUAAUUGCGCAGUUGUAUCACUUUUUCAGAUUUUUUUUUCUAACAGCAGAUAUGUUGUAAAAAUGCAAUUAUUGAAACAACAUUGCCCUGUGUUUUCUUUUGAAUUAUAGACUUUAGUAAGGACUUAAGCAUGUAAAAGUUAGUUUUGUCUAAUUUAAACAAUACAUGGGUUCAAAAGUGAUCAUAAAACUACUUGAAUUUAAAUUCCAGAAAUUUUGAAUACAGAACAACGGGAAUUAAACAUUAAAGAGUUAUAUCCGGAAAUGUGAAUGGAGAAAACCCCGAGUUAAACACAGUAUUAAUUCCCAGUGUUUGAAUAUAGAGCAAAAAGAAUUUCCUUGUCAUAAUAGAAUAUGUAUGACUGAAUAACAUCGGGGAGUGUUGUGUCUGUUUGUGCAUUUUUAUUUUAUAUUUUUGUGAUAAAUAACAUUCCAGUUGUUCGAACAAUAAAUGCUCACUGAUUAGUAACAGUCGUUAGCACAAGUAGAUUCAGGACCAUUCGCCAGUAAUGUAACGUAGGAGAAACUGAAAACAGCAUCAAAUGUCGCAAAAUCUCUUGCAUACGUUACAAGACUUUGCUGGUCCAGAUUCAUUUAAGUAGAAUUUGGACUUCCGAGAAAUGUUGAGUUGUAUAUAAUUGUUAAAUUAUUGACUUUUCAUUCAGUUUAAACUAAGUUAUCAUUAUACACACGAAGUAGACUACUGUAAAUAGUUUACAACCAGUUUGAUUUUAGUGAAUAAAACUUACAUAAAUAUCAGAGAAAUGAAUCGAAAGUACGUUGGUGUAAAUAGUUAGCAGAUUAUUAUUAAUUAUUAUUAUAUCUUUUUUCUGUAUGGUAUACACUUUGUGAUUGUCGUGAAGGUUUUUUCUUUGCUCAAAGCAGUUUAUAUCAAAAUGUUAUAUUUGUGCAUUUUGUGUGUUAUUUUAUCAUGAUAAGUGUUAUGGUAUAUAUUUCUUAAAUAUGCAAACAAAUAGUGUUGUGAAGCAAGUUGGAACGUGAUUUUUUUUUUUACAGGGAGACCUUUUAUAGCAAUACGUUUAGACAGCGAUUUUUUUACAGUCAAUCAACAGACAUUAUUUAUUAUUAGUUUUUAUGAGAAAUGGAGUUGAUAGUUACUGAAUUAUAAUUUGGGUAUUGCAGAAAGUAAGAACGAAAUAUAAAAAAAACAUUGAUCAUCCACAAUGAAAUGAUAUUAAAUUUUGUUCCUUCUGCUCCCAGGAGUUUGGAGAGUGGUCUAGAAUUCAUUACAUGUAUGGGUGCAGGCAUAAAUUUCAUAUACAUUGUACUUAAGAUACAAUAAAUUGGUUUGGUUAGAGUAAUUGUCAGAAAAGCUUAGUAAUCAGAAUCAACAUGCUGUGCAUGGGUUUUCCUGGUUUUCUAUUACUUUGAUAUUUCUUUUUGUCAGACAAACAUUUUGUAUGCAGGCAUUGAAAUAUUUCACUUAGCUGUAAAGGAGCAGUUUUGUUUUAACAUUUCAAAUAUCUAAAACGGUAAAUACCCAUACAUGUGGGGAAUCUAGUCCUCACUCCCCUACCUUACACCUUGUGACUAAAUUAGUCAAUUAUUUAAAUGCUCAUCUAGUUGAAGAACAUGGACCCAUCUCAAAUAUCUAGCAUCUGAUUGGUUGAGCACUGUUUUAAAAUUGACCAAUGAAAAGACUGCAUUUUGAGAAGGGUUGUUCUGUUAAAGUCUCAUUUUGUUUAUUGUACAUAAAUAUUUAUUAAAUAUAGUUAGUUAGUCUUUGAAUAUAUUGUUCAGUUAAUUUGGGAAAUCAUUUUAUAUUCUAUUUAAACUUUUUGAUCUCCUGUUUUUUUUCUGAAUUUUACGUUUUUGAGUUAUGCAUCUAUUGUAAGCAUUGUAUUUAGUGAAGGAAAUUUUUUGACAAAUUUAUGUUUAGACAAAAUAACGCAGGCGUAUUUAAAAAGGUGGUUGCGCUGUUGCCAUGAUAUUUUUAAACCUGGUAAACAGAGGUAAACUUACAUUCUGUUUUAAAAUUAAGCAUACUUUAUAUAUAAAAUCGUAAUAACAACUUUCUGGAUUUUUAUAUCUAUUCAUAUAAAUUGGUUUAAGAAAAAUACUAAAAAUUCUUGAUGUAAAGCGCUUUAAGAAUAUUUCUAAAACGGUAAAUUGUCAGUACAUGGACAUCUCUUGUUUAUCUUUUGACUAUGUGAAAUAAUUUAAAAAGCAAUAAUAUAUAGGAAGUGCUAUAUUAACUCUAAGUUAUUUUGUUGAGAUCAUACAUUGGGUAUGUAUUAUAUUGUAAAAUUAGAAUUAUUUGUUGGGGAGGAAUUUUUGCAUUUUCCUUUUUCUGUAAAUCCAUGCACAAGUACAACCAAAAAUUUAACUGAACACCACUGUAUGAAAGUCAGCAUUAGGGCUUUUGUGACCAGUAUGGAUUCAGAUCAGCCUGUAUAUCAAGGCAGUCUGGAUCCAUACUGUUCACUCAUUGGUUGUAUACAAGACUUAGUGCUGAAAUUGAUAAACAAAUGGUAUAUUUGUGAGAAUAAACACACAGUAUGGAUAUACACUGAUCUAGAUCGUUCUGGUCUCAAAGCCCUAAUGAUGUUUUUUUUGCAUUGUUGCUCAUUUGCUUUUAAACAAAAGAUCUUGUAAACUUACCAUAGUGGAUGGUGUUGUGGACAGUGAUCUGUAAAAAAAAAUGUUGUGUUUAUAAGUAUUGUAGGGUACUAGAAUUUAGUUACAAAUACUCCUUUCAUGAGAUGAAAAUUACACAGAUUUUAAACCUGGUUGAUUUACUUGCAAAUUGAUUUCCCAGCAGAAAUAUCUAAAUUUACAGUAUAAAAUUGUAGAAGUAUUGUCAUUUAGAUAUUAUAACACAGGGGAGAGUGUGGGGGAGUGUACAUACCCAUUGUAAGGUUAUUUUAUGAUAUAUAACUAGCAAUAUUAUUGUAUUGACAAUAUCAUGCUAAAGAAAAAUAGUGUUCUUAAAUGUCUUAAUAAAUGAUUUAAUUGUGAAAA